CACUCAUGUGAUACGCGUAUCAAAUAGUAAUUAACUAGUAAAUCGGUUUAAUCAUUGGCUGAUCAGAUCAUAUGUACUAUUUCAUAUGAAUAUCAAACGAUUAGAUAUACAUUGGUAUGAAUCUACCUUUAAACCGCUCCGAUUUCGGCGUCAUUUACUUGAUCUCGGCGCAAUCUUGGUUUGGCGUGAAUAUUGAAUGGAAUAUGUAUGACUGAAAACAUGAAAAACAUGAACAUAAGGUUAGAUUCAUGAAUGAAUGUGUACUUUCUCGAAAAAUCAUGUCAUUUCAUUUGAAAAGUGAGAAACCGAUAACUAAGGUGAGUCGUGAUAAAAGCGCACGAUAUGGAUAUAUCAGAUUUCGAGAGUCUCAAAGUAUCCACUUUGGAGAAAGCAUCGCGUAUAUCAGCGAUGAUGGAUCGUAUUUCAAUUAGUCCCCAAGCAGUGUCAAGCAAAAAUGACUCUAAACUGGAAAAUAUUGAGAAUGAACAAAAUUCUUGUAACAUUAAAACUCCACAGAAAACUAAUAAUAAUUCCAAGCAGAACACAAUAUCGACUUCAAAUGGCAUUCACUUUUCAAUCAAUAAAAUUCUUUUGGAAAGUGAAAAGCAAAGGAAAGAAGAAGUCAGGAAAAAAAUUCAAUGUCGUAUUAUUCACAUGGAGGAAAAUGGUCGUGUCAUUCAGGAGCAAAUGGCGAAUUCGCGCUCGCUAAUGGCACGUGAGCGUGAACGACGGACGGAGGAGAAAUUGGCAAAUAUUCUGGCCGAAGUUGAGCGAAUUGCAGAGCAAGAGGAGAUUAAGAGGCGGCAUGAGCAACAACUACAAGCACAACGUGCUCAGGAACAAAAGGAAAAGCUGGAACGAGAAGUAGAAGAGUAUCGGAAACGAAUGAAAGAAAAGGAGGAGUUGACAAAGAUCGUGAUGGUCCAUCGAGGCCAGUUUACAGCUAAAUACUGUGAUAUCGUAACGUUAUCCAAGAACUGUAAAGAUAAGCACGCAUUUGACGUGAUUCUCAUGGCAAAUUCCGCGAGAAUAAAGGAAUUGAUUCAACAGAUUGAAGCCUUAGAUGAAAAAAUCAAGAGUGGAGAAUUGAUUCCUUCAGAUGUGAAUGUUAUCGAGAGCCUUGUUCAUCAUAUUGACGAUAUAUUGACUAUAUUUCGGACAGAGAUAGAAAAAAUAGAUGCCCAAUAUGAAGCAGAAUUGGCUCGUAAAGCACAAGCUGCGAAUGAGGUCCAAUCAGUUGUGGAAUCUGAAAAUAUUGCAGUUGGCGAUACAGUACCUUCUCAGCAUCUAGGUAAAAACAAGGCUGAGGAGAAUAAUGAGAAUAAAGACCAAAACUCCAGUGUAAUAACCAAUCAGGAAGUAGCAGUUACAACAAUUAAUGAGCCAGUUACAUCUGUAUCUGUACCUAAAUCGGAAGAAAUUACUGCAGAUUCUAAAUACAAAGAAGGAAAUCUUUAUGAAUACGUUGAUAAGGAGUCAUUGCAGAUUUACAUUCAGAGUCAACAAUUUUUAAAUCUUUAUAAAAAAACUUGCAAGGAUUUCUUACAAUCGAUUGCUACGAAGAAAUUUCGCUUCGAGUGUCAGAAAGCAAUCAAUAUUCCAGUAAAUGCGAUCUCUGGCGUUAGCGAGCAACAUUUGAGAGAUAAAUAUGAUAGAUUGCAUAAUCUUUUGAUUGGAAAAUCAUCUCCGAACGUGAUGCAACAUCCGCAAGGAGUGAUUUUUUGCAAGGAUCAUUUGGCAAAAAAGAUAGUUAGUCAGGGCGAGACGCUGGUGUCCAGCAAGCCGGAAAUGGCAUUUCCCGUGGCGAUGAUCGUUGUUGCUCUCUGGAAUGAGCAUCCAGAUUUUGGUGAGCUUUUCCUAGCACAUCUUCAUGAAGCAUGUCCAUUCACUAUUCCAAUCUUCCUGUCGCAACAAGAGGGCCAAUCGAAUGAGGAUUAUUAUAAAUCCCUCGGCUGCAAAUACUCUGAGGAUGGCACUGUCGAAAAGCAAGACAAGUUUCUAAAGAGAAUGUCAGGCUUGAUGAGAUUAUAUGCGUCGAUUACUAUCACAGCACAGCGGAGGGGUAUCGCCAAGGUUCAUCCCUAUGGUCUUCAGCAUGCUUGGAGAUGGUUGGCGGCCGUUUUAAAUACUGAACCAAGAACUGACAUGUGCGACUUGUGCGCGACUUUAAUAUUGGAUAUGCUCGAGGUUGCUGGUAAUGUGUUAUGGAUUGCCUAUCCAACACAAUUUCACAAAUUGUUGAUGCUAUUGUCGGAGCAGUAUUAUCCGCGUAUGCGAAACAUUACAAACGGCGGUGGUGGGCCUUUGAUGCGGCUAGAAGGGUUUCUGAACAAUGCUUUAACGAACGGCACUAUACGUCCCGCUGACGGAAUGCUUCCGCCUAACUUUUUAUGAUCUUCUGUGAAGUCCUUCCGACGACGUAGUGAUUUAAAUGUAGGCUGAAGCUAUCACGAGCUUAAUAAAUUAGACUAAGAAAUAUUUUUUAAUUGUUUUGAAACUUAAAAAUUUCGCAUCGAGCAUUAUUUAAAGCAAAAUCUCAAGCAUCUUGAAGAAACUAAUGAUUUUUAAGACUUUUGUUUCUUCAUUGCAGCCAUACGAAAUUAUGAUAUCACAAGCGAGAAAUUAUAUGAAUUUUUUUUCUGUAAAAUAUGUUGAAAUUAGUUUUGUCAUAUGUGUUACCAUACAUUCUAUAACAUAAAUUAAUAAAACGCAUUAGUAUUUUGACGGUUCGUGAAUUAAUAAAUAUAGCUGUAAAUUUUAAUC